AUGGCAAGGAGUAUAAUUGGUUCUGAUACUCGAUGCUUGGUCAUAUGUACAUUAUUGUUCAUAAUUGUAUUGAUAUCAACUACAACAACUACAACUUCAUCAUUUGUACAGGCACAAACUCAACAGAAGCAACAACAACAACAACAAACACAGGGCCAAACACAAGGCCAACAACAACAACAACAACAACAAAAGAAGAAGAAUAAUGAACAGUUAUUCAAACAGUUGAAACAAACUCUAACAAAGCCGAUUGACGACGACGGCAAACAGCAGCAGCAACAACAACAACAACAGGUGGAUCAGGAGCAACAACAACAACAACGUACAGUAGUCGUUGAGCAAUCACAACGUCAGCUACUGCAACAGCAACAACAACUUCAGGAAUUGAUUAGGUAUCUCGAGAAGGGCGGUAUCCUUAGCUUGGGCGAAAACGAAGAUGAAGAUGACUCCCAGUUUGAGGACGAGGAGGAGUACGACGAGGAACUCGAGCCAUUCCUCUUGGCCUUCCCCCACCUGCUCCAGGUGGACACACGAGACUUACCAGCAUCGUCCGACGAUGCAAAGGUGAACCAACAGAGAAAGUUGAUGGUGCAGCAGCAGAUGCCAGCCCAACCCAACGCAGCGGCUGCGGGUGUCAAUGAUGAUGCAAUGGUCCAGCAGUUCAAGCUGCUCAACAACAAGGACGUUGCACAGGCAGCGGCGCUGAACCAAUUUGCAAAGCUACCGCCUCGCUUCCUGUUUGCCGGCAAUGGCCCUGCGCCAGAGGCCACCGAGUUGCCUGGCCACGACAUAUUUGUCCAAGGUCAGCGUCGUAGAGGAUACGUUCUCGUGGAGGACACGCACAGUGUCCAGCAAAAGGAGGUGUUCAAGUUCUCUGGUUCAGAGUUUGACCUGGAUCGCGCAAUCCUUCUCUUGAACCAGGCCGCCGAUCUUGGAAACCACAAGGCAAUGUACACACUUGGCACAAUGGAGGAGAUCGGUGAAACAGGAUUGAUCAACUUCACAAAGGCAGCUGAAUGGUAUCACAAAGCAGCAGACCUUGGCAACUCUGAUGCCCAGCAGGCAUUGGGAUUCCUCUAUGCAACUGGAAAGGGCGUGCCCAUCGACGAGGCCAAGGCACUGCUCUUUUAUACAUUUGCAGCGACCGCCGGAAACAUGGUGGCCAAACUCUCAUUGGGCUAUCGCUAUCUUCACGGCUACGGCACACAAAAGUCGUGUCCAGUCGCCGCCAUGCUCUACGAGGAGGUGGCGCGACAGAUGGUCGAUGACUUUGAGAACCGCGGAUUUGGAUACCACAUUGACGACGAGCGAUUGUCUGACGAGCUCAACUACCAACGCACAGACUACUCGGACAAGGAGUCCAUCGUCGACUAUUACAAGUACUCUGCGUCGAUGGGCGAAGCCAGCUCACUGGUGAUGAUGGCCAACAUCUAUCUCCAAGGCGGCUUUGGCAUUGAACAAGACUAUCGUGCGGCAUUCGACUACUACCGCCAAGCAGCCGACAUGAACUAUCCGGCUGGUGUCGCAGGCUUGGGCUUCAUGUACUCCAAGGGCUACGGUGUCGAUCAGAACAAUGUCACUGCAGCCAAGCACUACAAGAAGGCCGCUCAACAACAUCAUUAUGGUGCCAUGUCGAACCUGGGCGAGAUGUAUCUCAAUGGCUGGGGCGUCGAGAAGAACCAAGCGCAGGCACUCAAGCUGUUCGUCGAGGCGUUUGAGAAUGAUGAUGUUGAUGCACAGAUUCAUCUUGGCAAGCUGUACAUGGCUGGCGUGAAGCCUCUGGACAAGGACCUCAACGCAUUCCAGUUCUUCCACUUGGCAACCGAGCAGGGCAGCCCCACCGGCAUGUACUAUCUCGCCAAGAUCAACCUAGCGCACAACACCCUGGGGACCUGCCAGGGCAGCGUCUACUACUUCAAAAAGGUGGCCGAGAAGGGCCUGUGGUCGAUGGUGCUUACGCAGGCACACGAGCUUCUGAAGCAAGGCGACGAGGAGCGCGCGCUGCUCUUCUUUGAGAAGGCUGCCGAGAUGGGAAUCGAGGUGGCCCAGAACAACGCCGCGUGGAUGUACGAUCAGCGUCUUGGUGUGAUCGACGACCUGGCAUCCGACGAGAGUUCCGACAAGCAUGCCUUCCGCUACUAUCUGCACUCGGCAGAGCAAAAGAACCCUGUGGCCUACUUGAAGCUGGGCGACUACUUCUAUUAUGGCCGUGGCUCGCCAGCCUCCAUCGAGAUGGCGGCCAACUCAUAUCAGUCUGCAGCCUUCCUUCAGAACUCGCAGGCCCUUUUCAACCUUGGCUACAUGAACCAGUAUGGUCAGGGCUGUGCGCAGAACCUCUACUUGGCCAAGCGCUACUAUGAGAUGGCGUUGGUACAUCAGCCCACGGCCUACAUCCCCGUGUACGCCGCACUGCUAGGACUAGCCAUGCACUUUGUCUACAAGUAUAUCAUGUCGCUCAUCUAUGGCGAUCCAACUGGCAUGCUGUUGGACAAGUCUGUCUCGGCACUGUUGGAUGACACUGGCUCACUUGGUCCCGACGUAGAUAUCCUGUCCAAGAUCCACUUGGACGAGGUUGAAUCUGACUCACUUUAUUCCAAACUAGAGACAAUGAGAGCUAGACAACAACCACAACAACAGCCUCAACAACAGCCACAACAGGAACAACGACCUCAAGGAGAAGAGGAGGUAGGUGAUGUUCCACCUCCAGACAACUGA